AUGGCAGACAUCAGUAUGACAGUGGUUCUUGGUGAUGGUGCAACCACCUUACUCUGGACCGAUACCUGGGCGCCUGUUGGACCUUUCUGCAGGUUUGCUCCAGACCUUUUCGCAGCAGUUAGUCGAACCGGCAAGAAAAGAUCUGUGAAGGAGGGACUUAUGUCCAACCGCUGGACAAGGGAUGUUCAGGGUGCACUGACCGUGCAGGUCCUAUGUCAGUUCCUGCGGAUUUGGAACAUUCUGAGGGAGGUGGUGCUCAUUGAUUCACAGGCUGAUAGGUUCGUCUGGAGAUGGUCUCCAGACGGGAGAUAUACAGCCUCAUCGACAUACCGUGCUUUUUUCAAUGGCUCCACGUCGCUGCCUGGGGCAAAGGAGCUGUGGUGCACUAAGGCCCCGCCAAAGGUUAAAUUCUUCUUCUGGACAGCUCUACAUCGAAGACUAUGGACCGCAGAGCGUCGCAAGAGACAUGGCCUCCAGGACAAUGAUGAUUGUGCUCUAUGUGGCCAGGCAUCGGAAUCCGUCGAACACCUACUGCUGGGAUGUGUUUUCACAAGGGAGGUUUGGACCAUUUUGCUGAAUCCAGUUGGUCUUGCUGCUCUCGUGCCUUCAGGUGAUGAACCUCUGCCAGAGUGGUGGUUGGCGCAGCGUGCCAAGGUUGAUCUUCGCUGCAGACCGACGUUUGACUGCUUCAUGUUGCUGCUUUGUUGGGGAAUUUGGAAGGAAAGGAACAAACGUACUUUCAAUGCCCAAAACUCAACGGUGAUCAUGGUGACCCAAGAAAUUGCAGCUGAAGCGGAGGACUGGGUUCAAGCGGGUUUCUCUUGUAUCUCUCUCCUAACCCCCUUCUGGUCGCGUGAGUUGGUUACCGAGUAA